GUGCGUCCACACGCUGCCGCCGGGACGCGCCUGUCAUCUACUGGAGGAAACUCCUCCCUACAGACAGCGCGUCCCGUCGCCUUUCCAGCGCAAUGGUCUCCUGGAUCAUCUCUAGACUUGUGGUACUUGUGUUUGGUACACUCUAUCCUGCAUACUCCUCCUAUAAAGCCGUGAAGUCAAAAGAUGUAAAGGAAUAUGUGAAAUGGAUGAUGUACUGGAUCAUAUUUGCCCUAUUUACUGCUGUGGAAGUAUUUACAGAUAUGUUUAUUUGUUGGAUUCCUUUCUACUAUGAACUGAAGAUAGCCUUUGUGGUGUGGCUGCUGUCCCCUUACACCAAAGGCUCCAGUGUGCUGUACAGGAAGUUUGUUCAUCCCACGCUUUCCUCAAAAAAAAGGUGA